AUGGAUGCUAAAGGGUGUUGGGAUCCAGGGCAUGGGCGCAAAGUGAUUUUGAUUGAACUAAAUCAAAAUAAGGCAGGAAGAGGCCAGAAUGGCUUUCAUAAUAUGCGAAAAGGCCCAUGCUCACAACCUCUUCAAUGUCCGCCAAUACGCACAUGUCAAUAUGGUGGUUAUGGCAUGUUGCUGUCGCUGGGCGCAAGCACAUGGAACAGAGUGGUGAUCAGGGCCUACAGUCUGCUUGCGGUGCUGUGGGGCACGUCAGCGAUAAGUGACAGAUGCAAAGUGGCGAUCAACAACGGCCUUUGGUAA